UAGGCAAACAACUAAACGUAAGGAUACAUCGUUCAACUUCCCGCUUAAGGGUACUCACUUGUAAAUGAUAGAACAACAACGUAAACGCGUAGAACGCGCCGUAUCUGAUAUGAUCAACGAAAUGUAUUCAAGUCACUUACGCAAAAUGCAGUCAGAAAUGCAUUUAUGUGCAUCUAAAUGUUGUGACGACCAACGUGGGACCUUAGAUUCCGUGCAGACUUGCAUUGAGGGUUGCGCCGUACCGCUUACUAAAGCUCAGGACUAUUUGCAGCAUGAAUUGGGACAGUUUCAAGGACGUUUGCAAAAUUGUGUUAUGAAAUGCAGCGAAGAUGCUCGAGAAAGGCUGCCAUUAAAUCCUGGAGAAGCAGAACUCGCCAAAUAUCAACAUCAUUUCGAAUAUUGUACGGUGGCAUGUGUGGAUAGACAUAUUGGCCUUAUACCAACUAUGAUGAAGACUAUAAAGGCUGUCUUGGAGAAAGGUCCUAAAGCUUUGCCACAAGCAUAGAAAAGUUGCUGAAGCUGUAAAUAAAUUGUAAUAAAAAUUAUGUUGUAAUGUGUGUGUUUUAUAAACUAAAAUUAAAACUUGAUGAGUAAGGUAAAUGGUUAAUUAUUAUUAAUCCCCGAACAGGGGAGGUUAAGUUUGCAACGAAUUUUGUAAUCCCCAUGAAACGUGGGAAACUAUAAAAUAAAUAUAUGAAUUAUCAGCUUGGCGCUAAUUCCUCAGUUUUUGAGAUAUAUAUCAGAAUUUUUGAACCUGUCCAUUUCCCUCCAAAAAGCUGUUCAUUUGUGGGAACCACCGAUAUCGGUGCAUAUAUUGCAUAUGCAUAGCUGUCAUAAAAACUGAACGAUCAAAAUUCAGCAAAUUUGGCAUUGAACAAUAUUUAAGGUAACGGUAC